CGGAGAACUGCUUCGAAGAGCUAUACAAGAUAGCCUGUGACAAAAGCUCCCUGCCCUUUUCAGAGAGUGAUGAACUGAAAAGAACACUUCAAGCACAGUCCCAGGCCAGCAAGCUGUCACCUCAGGUAGUGGUAUUUUGGAUUGCACCCAGUCCUAACUCUUCCUUGGAAUUGGAUAAAGAGCCUAAAUGUCUGCCUCAGGAUCCUGGGUUCCUCUGCAAAGGGAAGUACUUAAAGGUUUGAUGUGCCACCCAAGCUCUUAAUUGGAUCCAACCCUGUAAUUUGUUCCAUAAUAGGAUGACCCAGCAGUAUCAUUUACAGCAGAACAUGACAGCAAAUGCCAAAGACUGAAAAUGCAGAAGUACAAAGUUGUUGUAUUGAUUGUAUAAAUUGUCUCAUUCAACAGCCUUAGGCUGACUAUUAAUAUUUCAGUGUUGGAUACUACUUCAGUUUCACAUCUAAUGUGUUUCUUGAGUAAACAAGAGAUGCUUGGGAGAGCCUUCCUCCCUUAUAAACAAAAUAAGAUACAGGUUCCAAAAGAAAUCUCAGAAGGAAUCAAUCAGAGAUUUUAAAAUGAACUGAGGAAGACUCUUAUAAAAUGAUUUUGUAAUAGCCUGAUAGGUUUAUUCCACUGAUUUAUUUUUUUAAUAUAAUGUCACUAGUACAAAAAAAAAGUUACAGAAAAUUCUGUGAUACUGAAGGAAAAUGAAGGUUUAAAAUGGCAAUAUUCAGACAGCUCUGGGAUUUCAUUGCGCUGUUACUCUGUCUCAACAACUAAGAAUGUAACAAGUUCCAGAAAAGCUGUAACAAAGCGCUGCUGGAUGUUUCAGAAUGUUUCUGUACUGCUUUUAAUUUUGUGUAACAGUGUCACAUUGCUUGAGAGCCAGUUACCUGCAAGGACCUGCGUCCCAGAUGAGACAAGCAGGUGUCCACCCUAACAGUGCACUGGAGGAACAGGGUCCUGCCUAAGUGAACAGGCAAGGCAUGUGUAACAUGUCAUCCUUGUCUCUGCCAUCCAAGCAGACACCAUGGGUGCUAAAACCGCUGUUUGAGGUCAAAUUUAUUAUUAGCAACCUUCUCUGCAAAGGGAGAGAAUAGGCUGUGCAGACACUAUUAUAUCACACAACCAAGUCCACACAUGCUGGAGAUAGAUAUCUGUAAUGGGAAGGCAAAUUUCCCCAUAAACUUUCUGGCUAACUUUACUUUUUUUCUUUUCUUAGUAAGAAUGUUUAUAUGACAGACUGUCAGACUUUUCAGUUUUAAACACAAAUAUUUGCAUAUUCAGAUCAGCCUAGGUUAUGCAAUGCAUAGAACUACUGGGUAGUGUGACCAUAGAAAAAGUGCAAUCCAGAGAUAAUCAUCAAGAGUGAAAUGUUUUCAAUUAUUCAGACCCCUGAUUAAGGCUUGAUUUGUGAGAGAUGCUCAGAGCCUAGGUCAUCUAUCCCAAUAUCCAAAAGCCAGCUGUGGAAAUGCUUAAUUAAUUGAAAAAUUUUUAUCUCUGUCCAUGGAAUAGGACUGACUAUACUUGCAGAAAAGCCUAGAACUCGUAAUCACAAGCACACUAUAUAAAUACCAGCUGGUUUGACAGUUUGUGAAUAGCAGAUUUUAUAUAUAUAUAUAUAUAUAAGAAAAAAACCCACAAAAAACCAAAAAAAACCAACCCUCCCCCCAACAAAAACAAAACAAACAAACAAAAAACAAACAAAAAACCCCACCCACCAAUAAACCAAAACAAAAAGCGCAACCAACUUUCCAAAGGAAACAUUCAGCACUGUCAUGAAAAGAGACAUGACAGCUUCUUGCCACCUACAGGGGAAACACUAAAAUCCUAGUGAACCAGCAGCUAACUACUUCUCAGACUCUAGUGCUUGAAUUACCCCAGAAUGGACCUCAAAUGCAAAUAGCACUGAUUCUAAAUAUUGUGUAGCUUAUGGAAUAUUUUAAAGUUGAAGCAUUCAUUUUUUUUAAACCAGUCCAUUUGCCAAGGAUUUGUUUGGAUGAUCUCUUAUGAAGAAUAGCUGGAAGGCUCCUUUUUUUUUUUUUUCCCUAGUUUCAUGCCAUGUUUCUGGUAAUUACUGUUGAUUAGCAAACAGCUUGGCAAUUAACCCUGACAGGUUAGCCAUCAGUUUGAUAGCACUGCAUGUCAUCCAAAAGGUAGGGAGAAUUUAUUGUUAAUUUCAGACAAUUAGCAAUGGGCUGGCAGAGCUCACAACAGCCUAAAAGCUCAAUUUUUCCCAGACAGCUGAGAUAAAUUACUGAAUCAAUUAAAACACAUCAGUGGAUGUCUGCAAGCAUACUUAAAGCUAGCAAACAAGCCACUGAAAAUUAGUGGGAGGAGAACAUUAGUAGGGGGUUUUUGGGUGUUGUUUGGUGGUAUUCAUUUCAAGCUGUUGCUGUUUAUUCUGCUCUGCCAUUAACACUAGUUAAAUAUAGCUAAAACCUAGUACUUGCUUAAAUCAAAAUAAUCUGGUAAAGAAUUGGAUCUAAAAUGACUUUCCUUCCAAAGUGGUUAACUUUUUUAAAAGGCAAAGAGGUUGUUAUUGCUAAUGCAAUAAUUGCAAUAUUGACAAUUGGUGGGCAGCAACUUUUCUCUUUCUUCACAUUCAGCUGUCCUUGUCACGUUGGGCAGAACCUUAUCUAUGGGCUGGCUUUCCUAGGAGUGCCUGCACUAAUCCUUCUCAUUGUUGGCUAUGCCCUGAACAACCAGACUUGGAGACUGGUUAUGGGUAAAAGGUCUAAUUUUGAGAGGGGUACUUCAUCAAACUGGUUGCUGAAAUGCAAACUAGUCUGCUUUGUCCUGUGCAGCAUCACAGGGAGGGCACUGGUUGCUCCAGUCACAUGGCUUGCAGUCACCCUGAUAAAUGGCUCAUAUUAUAUCUGUGCUGUGAGCGAGUACGUCCCUGGGUAUUAUUACGGAGCUGCUCCUAAUGUUACCGCUAGCGAACGCAGCAGGAUAUUGGCCACAUUUCCCUGCAGGCAGCUGGUUCCUCCAGAGCUGACCCGAGCAAGAGAUGAAGUGAUUCUCCUCCUCCGAUACCAGUCACAAGUGGCUGGCUGGCUUUUGAUUGCUGUGGUAGUCAUCACUGUGUUCCUUUCUUACUGCCUGGCAAGCUGUUUCUCCCCGCUCAGCUUUCUACACUUCAGAUACUGGAACAGCUAUGUCCACAAUGAGCAGGAGCUCUUCGAUGAGGCAACAGAGCAGCACUCCAGGCUCUAUGCCAUGCAGAAUGUGAAGAAGUUCUUUGGCUUUGUCCCAGGAAGUGAGAAUGUAAAGGAAAUUCGUAUCCCAUCUCUCAGGGAGUGGCAGGCCAUUUCUGGACUGGCAUUUCUAAAACGAGUGGAUGAGGAGCACUAUGAUUACAGCCUCCUCCAUGACUGGGCACUCAAGGAGCGUGCAAGUGGAAAGUAUCUGAGGAUUGAUGAAGACCUUGGGAUCAUAACACAGCUCUGAAAAUCCAAGACCCCACAACACUUCACAGAAAAGCAGGAAUCUGUCUAGCUCUACAUCAGACCUGAGCUGUGCUGGAACUUUCCAAUACAGUAUUACAUUGAUGUGCAAGUUAUGUGAGUGCAUCUUGGGAGUGUAGUCCUUCAGCACCUGCUUGCAGAUGCCUUUACUGGUAGCAUUUUUGACUCCUGUGGGAUGUGGUGAUCUAUGUCUAGAUUAGGGUGGGCUAUUUCAAGCUUCAACUCUCUGCUUUCUAAUAGUUGUGCUGAAAGGAUAAGUACAUACUGAGAAAGUUAUUUACAAAUGCUUUUUAACUUUCCAUUGAAAUGAUCUUUAAGAUGUAGAUAUUGGUUGGAUCCUAUGAAUUGGUCCAUUUUGUAUGGAGCAAGGACACCUAUCCAGCUUUUCCUUAGUGACACCUAUAAGAAAUUACUUAUUUCUCCUCUUCUGCUUUUUUUUUUUUUUGUAUUAUAUGAGUAAUCUACACUAAGCUAACUACUAGUUAAGUCUGGGGCUACAAUAGCAUGGAGGGAACAUAUGGGAAAAUUUUAUCAUAAAAAGCUGAGUUUAGAUACAAUGAUGAGAGAACUUUAAAUUCUGAUAAGGAGAUAAAAUCCCCACUGAGGCACAUGGUGGGGGUGUGUAACAAAUAGCAGCUGUAUGAACAAACACUUGGCAUAUGGCAAACUGAGUUGAAAUGUAUUCUGGCUGAAAGAAAUAGCAAGGUCAACCUCCUAUUUGGAAAUACUUCAAAAUCUCCAAGGCAUUUGUGUGCUUGCCUACUGUACAAAUAGCAAACGAGGAUGGGAAAAAUCUCAGUCUGUACAGUAGGGUUUGCUUUGCCUCUGUAAACUUGUAAUUUAUACAUAUACUGGGCCCAUGAAAAUUAUUGUGAUUAAAAACUACUGAAUUUUGUGAAA